GCGGCGUCGGCGGCGAGAGGGGAGGUGGGUGGUGUGGAGAGGAGGCGGGUGUGGCGGAGGAGGGCGCGGUAGAGGCGGAGGACGGGGGUGCGGUGGGAGGAGAGGUCUGCGAAGGAUGUGGGCAUGUUAUCGGGUCAUGUCUACUGUUCGUGAGGUGGUGAAGUUGAGAGAUGGAGGUGAAUAUCAAAAACUUUUGAAACUCCCAACUGCGUCUGUCUUUAUGUCUCCAUCCAACAUCUCUUCUCACCACUUCAGUAAUGACAAUGACAACAGAACCCUCACAUAAACGGAAAUACAAAUCCGAAAAAGAAAAUAAAGCAAAGACAAAACAAGCUAGGUUACAAUGCGAAUACCUGCUUCCGAACAAGCAUUUCCGGCGCUGCAACAUGACGCGGCGGGCGGACGCGCGGUUUUGCGCGCAGCAUAGAGAGGAAGACGAAGCGGAUAGGGUGAAGUGUCCUUUAGACCCGGGGCAUACGGUGCGGAAGCAGGAGCUCGAGCGACAUCUGAAGAAAUGCAAUGCAGCGAGGCGGGCGCUGGAACCGGCGGGCGAGCCGUGGUUUUCGGCGGAUGUCAAUGUCUUGAAUAUCGACGCAGACCGCGAGGCAGAAGAAGAAGAGGGCAGGGAGGUCUCGGCGGAGGAGUACAAAACCUGGAUCACCUACGUAAACCAGGCAUACUCCACCCUCUCCUCCCCCUCUGGCAGCGCAGCAGACCUCCACCCGCUCCAACAACUUACCCACGCGAGUCUCGAACCUCGACUCUCGCAGCUCAGCAACAAGAAACACGCGAUCCAGCAAUCCUCACUGAUCGCGCAUCUCGAGGCCGCACAGCUUCUCGCGUGCGGGAAUUUCUACGUCGAGUUUGGGUGCGGACGGGGGGAGUUGUCGCGGUAUUUGAACCAUGCGCUGGUUUUUUUGCUUGGGAAGAACAACAAGGAGGAGAAGGGGGAGAGGACGAGGUUUUUGCUGGUGGAUAGGGAUUCGAUGCGGUUGAAGCUGGAUAAUAAGAUCAUUGCCGACUCUGAAGAAGCAGGCGUAAGUCCGCUUCCCCAAGUCGAGAGACUACGGGUUGAUAUCAAAGACCUUGACCUCGUCGCUGCGCCAAAACUCCAACUCCCUCCUUCUUCUACUUCUUCUCCUUCCUCCUCGCAGUCACAGAUGGUCGCGGUAUCCAAACACCUCUGCGGCGCAGCAACAGAUCUCACGCUCCAAUGCCUCGCGCACUACGCCCACCCACCACAAACCCACCACCCGCUCCCGUUCGCGGGCGCGCUGAUCGCGCUCUGCUGCCGACACAGAUGCACGUACGCGACGUUUCCCGUGCGUCACCUUCCGCACGCGGACAAAGUCACCCGCCGCGGCUUCACUAUCCUGACAAAGAUGAGCUCGUGGGCCGUCUGCGGCCGGCGCAGGCAAGCAUCAUCUGACGACGCCGAGCACGAGAACGAGGACGAGGAGUACGCGGCAGACGAGGAAGAUUGCGCGCCGGCGGUGCAGCAUCCGUCUGGACUACCGAUCGAGGAGCGUGAGGAGAUUGGGUUUAAAGUGCGCGCGGUGCUGGAUCAUGCGCGCGUGCAGCAUGUUCGAGGGAGUAUGCCGGGGUAUGAGGCGCGGUUGGUGAGGUAUGUUGAGCGGGGGGUUUCGUUUGAGAAUGUUGGGUUGCUGGUUGGUAGAGUGUAGAUAUGUUGAUAGAUGACUACUGGUUAUGAGACUUGCUACAGAUUACAUAUAAACUGUCAACUAAUGAGUGCAUGCUGACAGUCUUAUUCCUAUUCAUAACAAAAUACAAUGACACAAUCA